CCUCUGCUACGCCGAAUCACUGUUCUCCGGCAAUCGCCUCAGAGAAGACGGAAUUGUCUUCAGCAGGAGAAAGAGCGCUAAGCUUUUGCGAAUGGAAAAAAGGCCAUAUAAAACGAUAAAACAGAGUGCAUUUUUGGAUGAAAAGGAAGAGGAGAUGGAUGGUGGGUUAGAGAUGGAAGCAUCAACUCACAAAACAUGGAUUCCUUUUGACCUGCUCUUCCAUAUAUUUCUUCUACUUCCGGCUGAGUCACUUUGCAGGGUAAGCUUUGCUUGCAAGACAAUGUUCAACAUGAUUUCGAGUGCAAAUUUCAUUGAAGCUCAUCUUCGCCAGUCUGAGACAGUCCUCCUAACUCUAAAGUCUGUUACUGAGGAUAACACAUCCUUGCCUUUUGCACGACGACCACAUGCAGAGAGUAGGAAGUUCUUUUUCCAAUUCUGGGAAUUGCGUAGUGGCAAGAGCAGCAAAGUCUGUGUGCCAAAUUUGAAAAACAUAGAUAGAAUUUUAGCAUCUUGUAAUGGAUUAGUAUUGACCAAAAUGAAAAAGAAUGGAGGCUUAGCGGUUAUAAAUCCCAGUACUAGGAAGCAUAUACAACUUCCCCUUGGAACAAUUGGUUUCCAUCCAGAUUCGUAUGGGUUCAUGCGUAGGCAGUUGAUGGGUGGGUAUAAAGUGGUACACUUAUUCCGCGAUAAAUUCAAUCACAUUAGGUGUGAGAUACUAAACCUGUCUACAAGGUCAUGGCAUGCGGUGGAUGGACCAUCUUCAGCUAUUGGAUCAAUCAUUUUUCAUACACCCGUUUCAGCUAUUGGAGCAAUGUAUUGGCUUCCUGAAAGAUUCGGGUGCAAUCAUAUUGUGUCACUGGGAUAUGAUGAUGAGAAAUUCCUUUCUAUUCCUCUGCCAAUCAGCAGCACCAAGAAUGAUCGCUUGGUUGAGGUUGGAGGGUUAUUGAGUUUUGUUACUCAUGCAACCAUGCACUUGAUUCAGGUAUGGAUUUUGAGGAGGGACGGUGUAGGUGACAAUUGGAUAAAGCGUUAUAGUAUAAACAGGAACUAUGAUAUUACUGGAUUGAUCCCGUUUUGCACUUCGGGCUGUGAGAUGGUGUUCAAUAGACACAGGAAAAACUUGUUAUAUGUUUACAAUCUGGAAAGUGAUGAGAUGAAGGAGGUCAAUCUUGACACUGAAACGAUGAAUUGGGAGGUCGAGCAAGAUGAUAUGGAGUUUGAGGAAGAAGUAGAUAACGGUGAAGACUUCACGUUCUAUAUUCCUCAUGUGAACUCCAUCGUCUCUGGCAGUACUCCUAAUCGUCAAUAGGAGAAAGUGAUACAUCCAGCUGUGUCUAUCUGUCUGCACUUUAUUACAAGUAUGCUGUUGUUAUUUCUGAAUCUUGUUACGCUGUAAAUAAUAAUUUGCAACUAGUCUAGAAUGCUUAGAACCCUAGUUUAAUUUUGCCGCUGUUAUAUUAGCUUUCAACUUAUAUUUCUCCAAUUGAAAGAUAGGCAGGGAGGCUCUGUAUGGAUAUUUAUGGUACUGAUGAUCAUAACUAUGGUUAAUGCAAUGUUAUGUGGCCACUACUACUUAUGCUUAUUGCACCAUUGAGAUUUGAGAAUGAUUUCAUUUUGUUUCUGAAUUUAUAUUA